GAGCCCAGCGGCUCGCCAUUCGCACGCGAAUGUAAAGCGCCAUUUGUUUUUUUAUUGGUUUAUAUUUAUGUUUUUUUUUGUGACGUGCAUACAUAUCGCAUGUCUGCAAUUGCAUUAUUGUGACUCAGGGUGGGCCUUUCCCAGUUCUCAGUGGAUUUUGACAAACUUGUUCGUGUAUAAAAUAAGUUUUCUGCGUAUAUUAGUUUUGCUUUGGGUUAACUAGGAGAUAUCUCCGUUAAACUCCGUCAUACUUUAUUUUGUUGUAAUAAGGUGGUAAGGAUGUCGCUGUACCCUUCUCUGGAGGACAUGAAGGUGGACACUAUGGUGCGGGCCCAGAUGGCCCAGCAUCAGGGUCCGCCACCCUACACUCACAACCACCUGCCAGUGGCAGCUGCCCCAUCCGCCCCUGCCCCAAUUGGCCAAUUCUACCCCUCCUUGGGAGAAUACAUGGGUUUAGAGUUCUCCGAAAGUGUCAUUGCCGCGAAUAUGCCAGAAUAUCGUGUCCAAAACGUGCAAUCUGGAAGUACAGUAAGCAACCUGAUAGCUCCCCUAUCCUCUCAAUCAGUCUCCCUACCGAAAGCUACUGUAACUAAUGCUAUAAGGCAAGUGGUUCUUUGCAAAGAUGCAGAUGGCAAGUGUGGGGUCCGUCUGCAUUCCGUCAACAGUGGUGUAUUUGUGUGCUAUGUCGCUGCUGGGAGCCCUGCAGCUCUGGCCGGGCUCAGGUUUGGAGACCAAGUACUGGAAAUAAAUGAUGUAGCACUUGCUGGCCUGACUAUGGAGAAGUGCCAUGAGUUGUUGCGAAAGGUGCCUGUUAAUGGAAUCACAAUGGCAGUGAGGGACAGGCCUUUUGAGAGGACUAUUACUCUGCACAAAGACUCCAUUGGACAUGUGGGCUUCCACUUCAAAGAUGGGAAAGUUGUUGGUCUAGUAAAGGAUUCAUCUGCGGCUCGUAACGGAAUGCUGACCGAUCAUCAGCUAAUGGAAGUGAACACAGUCAAUGUUGUUGGAAUGAAAGAUAAAGAAAUAUCAAAAGUAAUUGAUAACAGCCCGUCUGUUGUAAACAUUACAAUUAUUCCACACUAUAUUUACAAGCACAUGAUAAGCAAGAUGUCUUCGUCACUGUUCAAGGAGUUUGAUCGUACACCAGCUGUCUAAGUAAAGUUAUUGCUUUUACACAAAUUAUCUUAUAUUUAAGGCUCAACUAUACAUGCAUUUCUUUAGUCACGAAUUUAUUAAGAGGUAUCACAUUUAUCGUAAUUGCCACAGUUCUUUUUAGAAAGUCAGAACUCAUCUCUUUCAUUGUUUAAGCUUAGUUUAAUUUUAAACCUACUUAUUGCAUACAUUUCAUUGUGUUUUUCUAACUUAAAAAGUAACACUUUGCCAGUUAUCAAUUAGGAUGACUGAUAUUUGUCUACAAUCAAAGUGGUACAUUUUCUGCCUCAGAAAACGCAACUAUAUAUGCUAUUUUAGUCUUUAGGGGCUGUGAAUCGAGAUUGUCUCAAGGCGAGUCGCUAGUGGCAGGAAGGCCUAACAAUCAGCCAUUGUUUAAAGUCCUUAUCUAACGGAAUUACCGCUGUCCGGGUACACGGUGCUAAUUAGACUGCCCUAGUUUUGCUUAUUUAGUAGGUAAAGAAUUUGUGAGUCAUAACCAUAACUGACCAGAGUUUGCGAUCCGUUGUGAAAAAUACGGCAUGAGUCACUAGGCAUGAACUUAAUGAUAAACUAUGUCACAUAGUGAAAGGCUACUUAGUUUCCACGUGAUAUCAUUAAAGGAAGGAAAUGAAGGUGUUUGGACGUAAGAACAAUGCCUGUUUCUUUUAUUUAUAAAGACUUAGUUUUAUAAAACAAGUAAAUAUCGUUAGGGCAAACUAAAUCUCGAGUGGUAGAUGGCUGAGUAUGAAUCAGGGCAGCCCUAGUAAAGCUGAGUUUUUUUUUUUCUGUAGACGCUGUGACAUAGUUUUUCUUGUUAAAUCAGGUAAUACAGCGAAUAUAAAUGAUGGUAGGUGUCGCUAUAGCCUUUCUAAGGCUCAUAUAUGGUGGAAAUGUUGGCUGUAUUGGUAGCUCAGAUGGCAGAGCACUGUACUAGUGAUCCAGUUGUUGUGGGUUCAAGUCCUACCCAAGACAGUAAAUUUUUCCACUUUUAAUUUAUUUCUAAGCUUAAUAGCAUCGUUCACAGACGUUUCUGCUUGAUACAACAUUAAUUUGGAGACAGUAAUGUUAAUGCGAUUUAGUGUUUAAAAAGCAAUGAAAACAAUAUUGAACAGGUAUUUGUUUUCUAUCUUUCUUAUAUUUAGCAAUCUAAUUAUAUUAGGCAUAAGUACUGCACAAGUAUAUGCCUCUACCUAUGCACUUCUCAUUUAAAGACUGGGCUGUUUACUUUAUAAUUUUCAUCCCAUAGUGUGCUAUAGUAAAGUUGUUCUUUCGAUUUUCUGUCAAAUGCGAUUGCUUGGUUUUCAAUCGAGCAGUUUAUUCAACUAUUUAUAGACUGUUACUUUCUUUAUUUGUAGUUAUACGAUAUUUUAUAACCUUUACACACUUUAGAUGUACAGUCAACCAAUUAGAAUCCUAGGCCACUAUAGAACCUUGUCGCUUUAACUACUAGAUACUUGACACGCAUCACUCAAUAAGCACUGUUGUAGAAGUCAUUAUGGCAUGGUUCUAUAGUGGCCUAGGAAUCAAAUUGGUUGACUGUACCUAUGCAUAUGCAUGUGUUAUAUUAUUAUAGAAAAAUUAGAGUUGAUGUUUACAUUUAAUACCUUGUUUAUUUUAUUACAGUAAUAAUAUUUUUAAAAGUGCCAUUAUGAUUGUCAUUAAACAUUUUGAUAAUAGAGUACCUAAUCCUAUUUGAUUGUGUAUCUUAAUGAAAAUUAUAGAUUGAUUAAUAUAAUAAAUUUGGUUUUCAAUUGCAUUAGAGUAUAUUUAGAAGAAUAAUUGGUCUUGAUUUAUAUGUAGAAUUUAAUAUUAUUUGCGUUAUUUGUAGAUAAAAUAUUAUAUUUCUAAAUAAGAUAGAUGAUAAUACGACUGAAUGUUGGUUUUCGUAAUUUUAAUAGUCAUAUAACAAAACCAAAGAGUUAUUGAUUGUAAUAGAGAAGUAAAGUUUAAGAAAGAAACGUAGUUCUCAGUCAGACAGCCGAACAGACGCUGUAGGAUCAUUCCACCGUUACAUAAUCGACAUUUAUGCACAAAUUUUUAUGACUUUCCAAACCUGGCACUCUUUUGGAUUGUCUUUUUAUCGUGUAUUAUAGUAUCAUAUUAAAGCCGUUUGUGCUUGUGCUUUUUAAGACUUUCCUUGUCAACUUAGGUAUUCACUAGACUUAACUCAAAACUCAUCAUUCAAAACUGUAACUAGGUACUAUAGUAAAAGUAUUAGUAGAAAUUCGGCAUUAUAGCAAACGUUACGCAAGCGACUCGUAAUCCAUAUAAUACUCUAAUAACGCCAAUAGUUUGAGCUACAAUUAGGCAUUGCUUAUAUAAUGGAUUUUGUAAAAAAGACUAGAUGAGAAACUUACCCUUUUCACGGAAUGCUUUGCUCCUGUACUGACCAAAUGCUCAAUUUCUUUAUUCAACAUCAACUCUUGACAGUCAGAAUUACAUCAUAAUUGAGCAUAAUGUACAGAGUCGUGCAACUCGCGCAGCGUCAUCUACAUCAGCUGUCAAAUUCGAAACUCUGAUUUGUCUUGGCCUUUACACAAUCAAUGAAUCUUUGACAAAACACAAUUGCAAAUAUAUUGUAUGUAUGUGUACCUAUUGUGUAGCCCGCCGCUUAGAAAUACAUUUUCAGACUUGUCAUUUUCAAAAAUUCAUAUUUUAAUACGUUUGUGCCAUAAUGUGAAAGAAAUCAUAUCUUUGACACAACAUGUAACCUGUUCAAAGGACAUGUCUCAAAAUUUAUCUACUUACAUAUUUCUAAGCGACGAGAAACAAUUAAAGUAACAGACACUUUAUUUUCAGUAGAUACUCUUGCCUAUAUUUGUCAGGUCAACAAAAUCGUCCGUGUUUUCUUACAAAUCUAAGUAUUCAGUUUGCAAUAAGAUCAUUAUUGUCUAUCUUAUUUAUUAAUAACAUUAAGAAGUAAGUCAACGUAAUUACGUAAGUUGUUAGUUUAUCCACUGUAAUAAUAUAUUGUAUACUUAUAUUCUUUUAUACAAAAUAAAGUACCUAUAUUAAAAAAAACGUAA